UAAAAUAUGGCAAACUGUUUGCUCAGAAUAGGAAUAAUGAUCAUCUUGGUUAGCCAAGUAUUCAUUGGAUAUAACAGAAUGUUCAAAUAUGAUGAGUUUCAUGCAAAUCUUAUUGAGAAGUCAGCUAAGCAUAGAUCAGAGAAUGUACUUCAUGAAAUAUUAUUUAAAGAUCAAGUAAUUGAUGAAAAGGUCUGCGAAGAAAUCUUUAAUAUUGACAUCUUCACUGAAUUUGGAAUCCCACUUCUGAUGCUCCUAACUGGAUGGAGAAUUUGGACAGUAUUUAUCUUGCUUCAUUUGGUUGGAUUUCCGGCAUUCUAUUACAAUAUUACAGGGCACACCAGAGGAGAGUUUGAAGAAACUAUGAGAAUAAUGAUUAUCAUCCAAGCCUUAGCAGUUCUCUUCUAUAUAGUGAACAUAAGAUCCCCCAAGAAGGCUUUGACCCCACCUCAUCCAUAGCUAAUCCUACAAAGUUCCCCCCUAUUUGUCUCACUUUCAAUCC